AUACAUCUCGCUGGUGCGCUGCUCGAUGGCAACAUAGGUCGCCUCCAAUCUCUACAAACACUAUUUUUCGCAUACCAUCAUGACGAAUAGGACGGUGGUGCCGGUCUUGGUGGCCUUCAUGCUGCUGACCGGCGUCUGCAACACGCUACUAACCAAGUACCAGGACAUGCAAUGCGUGGCAGACUGCGAGACCGAUCACCCGAGGCUCUUCGAGCAACCAGUCAUCCAGACGCUCCAGAUGUUUGUAGGGGAGUCUGGAUGCUGGCUGGUGGUUUUCCUUGGCUACCUCUUUCGCCGACUCCGAACACCUGGACACACUACGCCUAUCGACGAAAUAAGAUAUGAUCCGGUUCACAAUCAAGAGACCGACGACGAUGACGACGAAAGAGCCGAGGGCGACCUGUCCACAUCGCAAACACUCGUAGAUCCGACCAACAUCGUAGUAAAGGCAGCAAUAGACGCUGAGCUGGAGCACCACGACAGAGCACCGCUGGAGGGGUAUAAGAUCUUCCUGCUUGCCUUGCCAGCCAUAUGUGACAUUUGCGGCACAACUUUGAUGAAUGUUGGACUUCUCUUCGUUGCGGCAUCCAUAUACCAGAUGACCAGAGGAGCACUCGUGCUCUUUGUUGGUCUUUUCAGCGUCUUAUUCUUGAAGCGACACCUAGGCGGCUGGAAAUGGGCGAGCCUGUUCGUUGUGGUUCUGGGCGUGGCCAUUGUCGGUCUUGCCGGAGUGAAAGCAGUCUCAGCCAUGGAAACUCAUACCGCUGCUGAGACCGUGCUUGGCUUCUUCUUAAUCGCCUUCGCACAAGUCUUCACCGCAACGCAAUUCGUUUUGGAAGAAAGCAUUAUGGAGCGCUAUUCAAUGGACCCAAUUCAAGUGGUUGGCUGGGAAGGUGUGUUUGGUUUCUUGGUUACACUGGUCGGGAUGGGGGUUCUGCAUGGCGCUAUUGGUCAAACAGCGAAGGGCCAAGGAGGCUAUUUCGACGCAAGAGAAGGUUUCUAUGAGAUGUUCCACUACCGAGCCAUCGGUAUCACAUCUAUCCUCAUCAUGAUAUCGAUUGGCGGGUUCAAUUUCUUCGGCCUCAGCGUCACUCGAUCAAUAUCAGCCACAGCUCGAUCGACCAUCGAUACCUGCCGAACUUUGUUCAUCUGGCUUGUUUCCCUCGGCUUGGGAUGGGAGACUUUCAAAUGGCUGCAGAUCGUUGGCUUCGCGUUGCUGGUGUACGGAACGGCCAUAUUCAAUGACGUCUUGAGGCCACCCACUGUGGCAUUCUUGCGCCGAAGAAAGCGGUCAGUGGCUCUGGCAGAGUAGCCGUUCUCGACGGCCUUCCCUCCACGACCUUUGUUAUCAUAGCACGAUAGCAUCUGAACAGCACGGCCUCAGUUCUCGAUCAU